AUGGUCAAGAUCGCAAUCGCUGGAGGAUCAGGGGAGGUGGCCCGCGAGGUGAUUGACGCGCUCGUCGCCACAAAGAAGCAUCACAUUAUCGUCCUUUCGCGCCAAGAGCCAGGGCCCGGAGACACGAUUGAGGGCACGAGCUGGGCGACAGUCGACUUCACCAACAAAGACAGCAUCGUGCCAGCCCUCAAGGGAGUCCACACGGUGCUCAACUUCGUCCCGGUGUACAGGGACAGCGACAACGCGGCGCAGAGGACGCUGAUCGACGCCGUUGUGGAGGCGGGCGUCGGACGCUUUGCCCCGUCGGAGUGGGCGACUCUCACCACGGACACGCUGCCGUGGUACGGGCCCAAGGUCGCCAUCCGCGAGUACCUGGCCGAGCUGAACAAGGACGGCAAGGUCCUCGAGUACUGCCUCUUCUCGUGUGGCGUCUUCACCAACUACCUCGGCGCGCCGUACCCGUCGACCACGCACGUGCACACCAGCAACCUGCAGUUCGACCUCGCGCGCCGCCGCGCCAUCCUAGUCGACGGCGGCGAGGGCGGCCAGAUGUCUUUCACCACGGUCAGCGACUUUGCCAACGUGGUCGCGCGGGCGGUCAAGUACGAGGGCGAGUGGCCCGUCGUGGGCGGCAUCCGCGGCGACACCGUCACGGCGGCGCAGCUGGUGACCAUGGCCGAGGAGAUCAGAGGCGGGCAGCAGUCUCGACCUAACUACCGAUUACCCAGUACAUACUAA